GAAUUUUCUCAUUUGAUGUUCACUAUUUAGGAGUUAAGUGAGAAAAAAUAAUUAAUUUUAGAUAUUUAUUUUUAAUAAAAUGACGAACGAAAAUGGCACUGAGUGAGUAAAAUAUUAUUCUCCACUCACUCACACAAGAAUGUAAAUGUAUGUGAACCACAGAAUAAAUAUUCCCUUCCUUUGAGAAGCCAAUAUUAAGAAGAGCUCUAGCUUUCUACAUUCAUAGAAACACCCCAACCUUCUUCUUGAACCUUGAACCUUGAACCUUCUUCUUCAAUCCCUUUGAAUUUUUCAAUUCAAUCAAAAUGGCUAACGCAGCGUCUGGGAUGGCUGUGCAUGAUGACUGCAAGUUAAGGUUCUUGGAGCUGAAAGCGAAAAGAACUCACCGCUUUGUUGUUUUUAAGAUAGAGGAGAAACAAAAGCAGGUUGUUGUUGAAAAGAUUGGUGAGCCAACUCAAAGUUACGAAGAUUUCGCUGCGUGUCUUCCUGAGAAUGAAUGUCGAUAUGCUGUCUACGAUUUUGAUUUCGUCACUGCAGAGAAUUGCCAGAAAAGCAGGAUUUUUUUCAUUGCAUGGUCCCCUGACACCGCAAGGGUGAGAAGCAAGAUGAUCUAUGCCAGUUCAAAGGACAGAUUCAAGAGAGAGCUCGACGGAAUUCAGGUUGAGUUGCAAGCAACCGACCCGACUGAAAUGGGACUUGAUGUUAUUAAGAGCCGCGCCAACUAGAUAUCGACUCAUAGUUAUCAGAUGGGCCCUUAUAAAUGAGAGCUCCUAAUGCAAUCAUAAGGAAAUAUUUAAAAGUGUGACAGAUACUUGGUAUAUUGGUUGCCAAGUGCUACAGUAUAUGUACUUUUCAAUGAAGAAGUUUUAUGGUGUUUGGUAUAUGAUGUAAUUUGUUACUUCCAAAUUUUCCACUGGUAGCUUGAUUCUAUAAACUACUAUUAUGUAUCCAUUUCUGAGGGAUAGGGUACAUUUUAGAUUCCUUUCUAAAAUCUUCUUUUGACACUCUACCCUGUGAUUCUUGUUUUGGAAUGGAUACAAGCAAGCUGGUUGUUGUUCUAA